AGCACGAAACCCAAUUUUGCUUUCCCAGACGGGAAUUCCAUUUUUUCUAGCGGUGAAACCAGAGAUUGAGAUUCACAGAAAGAAGGAAGUGGAAAUAAAACUAAUGGCAUAACAGCUGGCGUGAAACCAGCACGGCGUCGCAGUUUUACGGAGUCUUCUCUUCGUCAAUCGUAACGCUGACAAACCGGCAAGAUGAACGACUUCGAGUACAUUUACAUGAAACAGCGGAAGGACUUCGGUCGCUACUGCCAAUUCGAUGAAGUGGAACCGAAAAUCAUCGGCGUCGUCGAGAGGAACAUGGAGUAAUUUUUUUUCGUACAAAAAAGAAUGAAGAAGAACUACGAGCGUACGAUGUUCAUGCGUGAAAAAAAUCCGUCGAUGGGUGAAGAUUAUCUUCGCUGCGACUUGACUGUGUAUCAAAAAUGCUCUCAAAAAUCACACUACAGCUGCCUCAAUGACUUCGUCGAACAGACCGUUAUCAACGUCGUCCUGGACAACAUUCCAACAAUGUCCGAGCACUCCGUGAACACAGCAAGGGUAGUUAUUUCUACACCUUUGAUGUGGCGAUUUCAGCUUCGACGUUAAGUCACCAGAUGUUUUCUGUUGAAAAGCUUGGCCUCUCCCUCUCUCGGCGCAAAUCCUCGCGCCCACAACUAACUUCAACGUGUCGUAUACGAAUGAAAAAUUCUGUUAGGUACAAACAAAAGCCCGCGGUAUGCUCCACACAGAGGGUGGGUGGCCCAAGGAAGUCGACGCCACAGAGGCACAGGACACGACGAAGUGGAGAAAAAAGCUAGAGAAGGACCCGGUAUUCACAAACGCAGUAAAGACGCUAACCGGCGCAACGAGCAAGUGCCUCGAGCAGAACAAUACCAUCGACCUCUUUGAGCACUACUUCUUCCAGGAAGAGCCAGAUGCGUUGGUCGAAAACUUGCAACUCAAGACCGUUGCUUUAUUUAAAGAUCCCAGCGACGAACCAAGAACAAUCAGCAAAAUCGGAUGGCAUCCCGAGGGGCCGACGAAAAUUGUCGGGUAUAGAAGACACUUUUGUUGAUUUAGGGUUUACUUAGGUCGCGCGGGAUGUAACUGCAGCAAGGAAGAAGUUCAGUUGUACGCGGGUGAACUAGAAGCAAUGUCUUUUCUCUCUUCUUUCCCAUUUCUUAUAAGAAAAACUGUGCAUGUGUACCAUAUUGGUCGAAGAAAGUUUUUCACGAUGCAACUUGACCCAAACCACGGACAGUUCCUACUCUUCGCUCCGUUUCCAGCGUAUGUCGGAGGAGAUGUCGACAAGUUCGCACGUUUGGGACGUGAACGAGCGCAACACGCCACUGUUCUCGUUGAAGUCGAAGUCUCCCAUCAUCAGUGCGCAGUACAACGGAAAGCAGUCCGAUUUGAUCCUGGCAGGGUGCUACAACGGUAUCUUGAACCUCUACGAUUUGCGAAAGGGCCCCACGCCGGCGCAGAUGUCCGUCGUCGAAACCAGCCACUACGACCCGGUCUACGACCUCUGCUGGCUGCAGUCAAAGACAGGAACAGAAGCGGUACAGUGAAAUUUUCGUUUCAGGAUUUCUUGGUGCUUGUUUCACUGCUCCGACCGUUUUUACUAGCGUACAUUUUUCUCCUUCGUUUGCUGAUAAUGUGCGCAAUCUGAAAAUGAAUAUUCUCAUGCGACCUAGGUUUCCGUGUCUUCCGACGGCUACCUGAUGCUGUGGGAUGUGAAGGAAAUGAACGCACCAAGGGACAAGUGCCUCCUCACCGAUGGUGGCAAGCCAGGGAAAACUUUGGGCGCCGUUUCCCUCGAGUGGAUGCAGGAAGCGGGUCCGACCAAGUAUCUCGUCGGUACGGAGAUGGGCAUGAUCUUGUCCUGCCAGAACAAACCGAAGAAGCCUUGCGAGGUACAGCCUGCUGAUAGGUCUCUUGUGUCGCUUGUACUUUUGCCUGCAUGGCUUUCCGCAUGUUCCCCUCAUCAAAAAUUGCACGCCACGCGCUUUUGCGCCGAAACUGUAUGUGUCUCGACGUCACAGCGGACGAAAAAUUAAACUUCCAAACAGGUAACGGCAUGGUUUGGAAACGAGGAGAAGGGUGGACACGGGCGACACUUCGGGCCGGUGUACAGCGUGAAGAGGAAUCCGUUCCACUGCAAGUACUUCCUGUCCAUCGGCGACUGGUCCGCCAGAAUGUGGUUCGAAGAUCUGAAGGGACCCAUGACCAUGACACCGUACGCACCGUGCUACCUGUCCGCCGCCGCCUGGUCACCAACCAGGCCAGGUGUCUUCUUCCUGGCCAGACACGAUGGGUACUUUAUUGGAUCAGCAUCGCCAGCACGACAGUCUAUUCUUUGAUCCUUUUACAAUGCACCCAGUGUAUACGAGCCUGACGAGCUGCUGUCAGCUUGCAAAUCGUUUUCGUUGAGUUUUUACGUUAAUAUUGCGAUUUUUCCUGCAAAAAUCGCGGAACAGGUACCUCGACAUCUGGGAUUGGUAUUACCGCAUGAAUGCCGUCAGUCUCACGCAGAAGGUGUCCGACCACGCACUGACUUCCAUGUCAAUACAAAAUCAGGGUGGACUGUUAGCAAUGGGUACAAUUUUUUUGCAACUUGCAGCUUUUUAUUCGGCUGAAUUAGAUUACUUGCUUUGUUGCUACUUCCGCGUGAAUGUAGGCUCCUAUGAUCUGUGCCAUUUACAUUUUUAUCAAUGCGUCUACCACUUGUUCCACGACCGUGAAACAACAGGCGACAGCAACGGUAUCAUCACGUUGAUGCAGUUGUGCGACGGUCUGAUCCAGAUGCAACCCAACGAGAAGAAUUACGUGGGCAACAUCUUCGACCGGGAGACCAAGCGGGAGAAGAACUUGGAAGCGCUGAAGAAGGCCCAGAAGCAGCCCACGGCCAGCUCCGCGAACCUCGAGGGGCCUGCCGACGAAAGCGCGGUGCUCAGCAUCGACGAGAAGGCCUAUGUCGAGUGCGAAGAGAAAUUCUUCCAGGGCGUUGGCAUGGAGGGUGACAACCUCGGUACCUCGGCGUACCUGAACAAGAAGGUCGCCGAAUAAAUAGGUCGUACUGGAACAAUAACAAGCAGGACAACAUUUGAAUACUGAAAACGAAUUGACGACCACGACAGCACGCUGCUCGUGAGUUUGUAUAAAAACCUAAUCAGAUGACACUUCUACUGCAACAUGCUUAUCCUGCAAAAAGACCCACUGGCGCAGUAGAAAAGUAGAACAAAGGAUAAGAGGUCGUACGUGAGGCUGACGACUCAUUUCAGAUUUCGAGGUACAGUAAUUACUCCAGUAACGGGCCCCCAAAACAGGAGAAGAAGAAACUUGAAAAAAACCUUAAAAAAACUUGAGCAUUUUUGAUUUAUGGCAUUGCAAAAAGCAGAAAUCAAGAGGGGCGACCGGAGGACAAAAAAAAGGCACGGAACGGACGCGAUUUCCGGUUUCUAAAAAUAACAAUCGCGGCGGCGAUUUUGAAAAACUAAGUUAGGUGAAGGGCGGGCGCAAAUUAAAAAUCCAAGGACUCGAUCGGGAGGCUUUUUUUUCAUUUUAUAGCGCGCCAAAAUCCAAAUCUGUGCCGCAGGAAUAGUCGUGCAUAAUUUUCACGCGAAGGCGCGCCAUUUUCAAAACUUUAUGCGUUCGACUAGGGGCAGAUAUUUUCCGCAGAAAUGGGGCAGCAUUUCGCACGAACUAGACGGUCGUGGGGCGCGGCUCUUCUUCAUUUAGGUGGGGGCCGCCUCGAUGCAUUGGUUGCGCCGCUCGCGGGGAUGUUCAAAAUCCCUGCUUCGCACGGGUUCCGGCUGCCUGGGUGCCCGCGCUUGGCGGGCUGGUGGGGUUCUGGCUCUCGCGAGGCCUUUUUGUAGUGCCGAAGCGGCCCCACUCGGAGGGCUUGCCGGCACAGGCGGCGCAGCGGGCCGUCCUUCCCGGGUCCCCCCGGAUGCCCUUUUAUAAUACGCAAAGCCCCGCGGCCCGCGCGACUCUGCGCAAGCAGCAUCUGGGCCCCUAGGCUUGUAUGCAUAGGGGUGCCCACGCGUGUGGGCAGGCGGCCCGUGCUUGCGCGCCGUGUUUGCACGGGUUCCUUCGAUCCGGUCUCGAAAAUGAAGAAAAUCAAAAGUGUCACACCAUCGGCCGGAGGGUGUGAUACUUUUUGCCGCGGUGCUGUCAUGGAUGUAAAAAAACACGCAAAACCGGCGUCGACCAUACCAUUGGCUCUAGGGUGUGAUACUUUUUGCCAGGAUGAGUCCACGGAGGCCGAAAAUGGCGAAAGCGGCGCCGACCAUGCCGUGGGCUCUAGGUUGUGAUACUUUUUGCCAGGCUGCUACGGCGUUCAAACUUGCAACCCGGGGAAAGUGUUGGCGAAAAUGCGCCACCUCCGCCGAAGCAUCUCGGCAGCAGGCGAAAAAAACUUGGAUCUGGCGACGUUUUUGGGCCAAAAUCUGAAGGGCCCCGUCCACCAUACCACCGGGGCUAGCUUGCGACGGCUUCCAAGCACGCGACCCGGCUUGCAAGUUUAUUCCAAGUUUAUUUCAAGUUUUUGUUGCGAUUCCGGCCGCCCGCGGGCGUGCCCAGUUUUGGGCCAUUUCCUGAGGCCUGUCCACGAGCUGACGGAGCCGAUUCGCGAGUCGCAAAAGCGGCGGCGCCUUCCGAAGGCGCCGGCCGAACUUGGGAAGGGGGGUAAAUUCCUGACUUUUGGUGGUUUUCUUCGCCCAUGGUGCCGCCGUGGUAAAAAGUAUCACACCCUGGCGCCGAUGGUACUGCUAACGCAGGUUGCCGCGAUGGCGAAAGCGAAAAGCCUCGCCCGCGUGCCCGCCCUGCCAAAAAGUAUCACGCCCCAGCGCCCAUGGUAUGGCCGGCCGCGCUUCCCGCCUGGCCGCCCGGCUGCUUGCUAAGCACGCCGCGCCCGCUGGCGCCGCCGGCCUGGGCGCGGCCGGCCCCCUCGCCCGCCCCGGCGGCCCACGGCGUUGGUUCGUGAUUUCUACCGGCGCGCCGCGGCCGCACGCUCCAGGCCCAUCGGUUGCGCCGGCCACCCGCCAGGGGGGGCUCCGACGAGCUGUGCGCGCGGGCGCCUUGGGCUAUUCCGGACAAAGGAAAGGGCGAACCAGCGCGCCACCCCUAGCGCCCAACGCCGCCCGCCCGGGCUGGCCGGCGCGCCCCCUCCGACCGUACGGCCUGCCGGUCUUUUUGGGGUAUCAGGCUCGGCGGCCUUUUCGGCAUUGGCCGCCGCUGCGCGAAGCGGUCGGGCGGGCUGAUUAGCGGCGGGCGCGUUUUUUUUUCUGGGUAUCUAUAACGAAAAAGCAGCGAAGGCGGCACCCAAAACAACCUACGCCCGGUCUGAAUCUCGACAAUAGGCAGCUUUGGUUGGAGCGGCCAAUUGUCCGGAUUCGGGUCGUGUUUUGAUUUCAAAGCAAACGGGCAUUGGUUCCUGGCACUAAACGUGAGAAACAGUAUGAAAAUGCACAAAAAGCGUCGCACCGUUCCGCAGCUUGUCCUCCUGUUGUUGGUUUCAAAGUUGGGCGCGUCACACUCACAGGCGCGCUCACAGAGCAGCUUACGUUGAAGCUGUCGCGACCCUCGCGAAUAUGGGUCGCGCAAGUCUUUGGCAACUUAGUUGCAAGUUUCGAUCUCCAUGAAAUUGGGGGUCCGUUCCACCAGUAAAGUAAGACAACUUCUCAGAAACAACUAACUUCACAAUGGCCUGUUUACCAUGACACUAUUGACCAAACCGAAACCAAUAACUCUAGAAUGGAUAUAGCAAAUAUGACAACAGAUUAUCGAAACCAAAACAGUUUUAUCGACGCUCAGCAAGAAAUUAUUGUUUGAAACCAGUUUACGUUUAUCCUUCCUUGAAAUCAAACGCCUGUUACUAUAGCAAACAGAAAAAUCCGCUACAAAACGCGUCCCUGGGUUGGCACCGACUUGCGUAGGGCGCGGAGACCACCAAACUGAAUUUUAUGAAAUGCAAACGAACCCGCACGAAGUUCUUGAUAGCUCUUAGCUCAGCAUUGAGACAACCUUAUGACUGAGCAAUGUAGUUGUACCGGAAGUUUGUCGCGUCUAGGCUAAGAUAUUGAAAUUGAUAUUAGUCUUGAGGGCAGGGCGGCACGAAUUCCAAUCUUGUUGAACCUUAGCGUUGGAAAAAUUGCUUGAGCUAAUACACCUCUGACUACGCAAUCGGGACGAUUUUCUCGUCCCCUGGCUUCCUACCCUGGGAUUUCUCUGUUGCCGUGCUUUUCGUUGUGCUUCCUUUUGUCUGAAAGAAUUUUUUCUUUUCGUCGU